AUGUUACUCAUUGUUCGCGAUUGCGUCAAGAGAUAUAGGAAAGCCAAUUUUUCCCAUUUUGUUGCCCCAGAUGGACUACCAGCCGAAAUGCCAUAUGAUUUUGCGAGUAUGCUGAUGAUUCUCGACGUAUUUGACAACCAUCUGCCAGUAGAACAAAGGACUUUUAGAUUGGAGGAUUUUGAGGUGGGCAGACCAUUGGGAAAGGGAAAGUUUGGUUCCGUUUAUCUUGCUCGUUUAAAAGAAAACGGUUUCUUUGUGGCACUGAAGAUUCGGACACAAAAGCGCAUUGUCAACUUUCAGGUGAUGUUUAAAAGUCAGUUGCGGAGUAGUAACGUUGAGCAUCAACUCCGAAGAGAAAUAGAGAUCCAAGGACAUCUAAGACAUCCCAAUAUCCUGCGAAUGUACACUUAUUUCUGGGAUGAGAAGAAAAUAUACUUGGUUCUAGAGUAUGCUCAGGGAGGAGAAAUGUACAAAUAUCUAAAGAAAAAGACACGAUUUGACGAGGCGAAAACUGCUGUGUUUAUUUUUCAAAUGGCGGAUGCCCUAAAUUACUGCCAUGAGAAAAAGGUUAUCCAUCGAGACAUAAAGCCGGAGAAUUUGCUGAUUGGAGACAAUGGACAGCUUAAAAUUGCAGAUUUUGGCUGGAGUGUAGACAUCUGGUCCCUUGGUGUACUUUGCUAUGAGUUUCUGGUCGGUACUCCGCCUUUUGAGCACGAUGAUUCCUCUGGCACCUACCAAGCUAUUAGCAAUGUACGAUACAGCUUCCCAAACUACGUCUCUAGUGGUGCACGUGAUCUUAUUAACAAGUUGCUGCAACGUCGUCCUUCGGACAGAUUGUCCUUGAAAGGAGUAAUGGAACAUGAAUGGGUGCAGUAUCAUAUUCAGAAGCGAAUGAAUGAAGCUGCUGAUGGGAAGAAGUCCAAAAGAGAAUGCAAAGAUUCUUUACCGUAA